AUGUCCAACACUUUCCGCUCAGCUUUGUUAUCAAUGUCCCUUUGGGCACCUGUGGUCUCAGCCCUUCGAGGAGAGAAAUUCACAUUAUGGUUCCCCACACACGAAUAUCACUGGCUCGAAGUCGCCCAGCAGAAUUGCUCCCUCCAAAUCAGCGACUACCACGAGAAUAACCGAGAGAGAACAACCUCGCCAUGUGCCGCCGCUUUAGACUGUCUUCUCGAGAAUUCGACUGAGUCGAUCAAGUCAAACCUGGCCGGAUCCCAGGUCCUCCUAGGUCUGACUCCCAGUAUCCUGGCCUACGUGGGAUCCGACAUGGCCGAGCUGGCUGUACUAGCUACGCAGCGGCCGUAUCUAGCGCUCCUCAUGUCCAUCGGGGCUCCGACGCAACAGAUUCGGCAGAUACUCUCUUCAGUAGACGUCGCUCAAAUAAUCAAUAAGCCGUCUUCUAGAGUCGCUCGUAUGUACUUCGGGUGGCUUUGGAAUCUCCCCACCGUUUUUCAAAGGCUGGCGGCCGCUGCAGUGUACGCGCUCGCCAUCGGUGCGAUGAUCAACAGUGUGCAAGGAGCCAUCUACCUCGACGCAAGAACAGUCGUUGGUUUCAGGUGCAACGCGGUCUAUCUGGUGUUGGUCUGGGUGUUGCUGGGCAUCACCCCGACCAUAUUCGCCAUCGGGGCUAUCCGACAGCGACAUUGCCUGCCUAACCUCGCGUCAUUUGCUCAGUUCGUCGAGUACACUGAUGCUAGAGCACCACAAGAAGACAAAGAGGACGGGUUGACAUUGGUACCUUCAUUAACAGAAUCGACAGACGAAUCGCGCGGUAAAUGGAUAAGCGAUGUUCUCUUCUUGCUCGCGAGUCUUGCGGCGCUUGUACAGUUUGUGUAUGGAACGGCAAUACUGUCAGCAUUGACGCCAAUCUCUUUCAUGGAUGCUCUGCCGGUAGUCAUGCGUUUUGCGGUUAGCAAUGUUGUUUGUCGCGCGUUGUUGCUGCUGGAGCUUGAGGGCAUACGGAUCAGGGCAGCAUCCAUCCUAGAUCAUGUCGCGAGCGACUUCAUCUACCCAGUCACACUCAAAGGAAAGUUUACCAUCCUCGGGAAGCAACAAUCGCGUCAAAUCUCGAAACGAAACCCCGGGCUCCGUAUCCUGGAGGCCGGGGAUACCGGAAGGCUUCCAAAAUUCCCCAUCCUCCGGGACCCAAGAGACGAUUUCGAAAGUGUGCCUAUGCAGAGGAAACAAUCGAUCGGUGAUGAUUCGCCGGAGCUUACUGUGAUCCCCCCAACGAAACUGUCCAUGGGCAGCAAAACCACCGCCUCCACCGUGAAGAAUACCCCUGAGAAUUCCGUUCACAAGCUCACGGGGCUCGAUCAUUCCCCUGGAUUUCCCGCCUUGCGUAACAGAUAUGGUCGUGAGGUUCCUUGCGUGGGCUAG